AUGGGAAAUCAACAAACAGGACGACAAUUUAGUGCUAAAGAUAUAGCAGUAUUAGUUAAAUUAAGUGGUAAAAGUGAAGAUGAAAUUGGUCAAUGGUAUAAAGAUUUUCAUAUUGAAAGUGAUGAAACAGAUCGAAUGAAUAAACGACAAUUUCAAUUGUAUUAUACAAAAUUAAAAAAAAAUCCAAAAUUAGAACAAAUUACUGAUCAUAUAUUUCGUGCAUUUGAUACUGAUCAUUCUGGUACAAUCGAUUUUAGUGAAUUUUUACUUGCUUAUAUUGCAACAAGUACGGGAACAAAACGUCAAAAAUUUGAAUAUGCAUUUGAAGUAUUUGAUAUAAAUGAUAAUGAUCGAAUUGAAAAGAAAGAAGCAGAAAAAAUUCUUAAUAUUAUAUGUCGAAUUGUUGGUUUACCUGAAGAAGAUGCAAAAAUCUAUACAGAAACACUUAUGCUUUCAUUUGAUGCAAAUCAAGAUAAAGUUUUAACAAAAUCAGAAUUUAUCGAUGGUUGUUUACUUGAUGCAACAUUGGCAAAAAUUGCUGAUCCAUUUGAUUUUUAA